UGCCUGCCUGCCUGCCUGCCUGCCUGUCCUGGAGGACACCAAAGAGACACUUUUGGAAGCUGUCAGGAUUUAUUGGCUGAAACUGAACUCUGAUUCUGAGGAAAGACCUGUCAUCUGCCCGAACCCGGAUCCAGUUAGCAAUGGUGCCAUCUGAGGAGAUGGAGUGCGGGGUGUGCUACCUGCCCUACUCCCGCUGCGGCCGUGAGCCCCACCUGUUGCACUGCGGCCACACGUUCUGCAUGGCGUGCCUGGAUUGCGUGGCACGGGAGAGGGGAGGCAUGCUCACACUCUGCUGCCCGCUGUGUCGGCAAAUAACCAGUGUGGGACGAGGGCUCAGACUGCAGGAGGCACUGUGGGUGGACACUACAGUGUGGAGCCGGAUACCAGAGAGCGAGGAGGAGGAGGAGGAAGAGGAAGAGGAGGACCAGAUCAAAGUGCUCACUGAGGGGCAGCCUGAAUGCUCAGCCCCACUUCGCUUGAGGCCAAAGCUCAAGAUCCCGUCGUUCCUGAAGAAACUCAAUUUCCUGAGGUACAGGAGGAGCACCGAAGAAAGAUGUAACAUUGAAAUGAAAGCCUGGCGCAGGAGGUCCAGUGAAACAUGAGAGGGAUUGCCUGUACCUCUGUCCCCACAUAGAGAGACAAGAACAGGGGGGGAGUCACAGGACUGAAACCAGACAAGACAAGACCGUGGGCAAACAGCUGCACAGCCAUCCACGGAACCACUGCUCAGGAAAACAACGAGUUGAAGUCACCCCAGUUCAGAUAUACCUGAUUACCACAGUGAUGAGACCUCUCGUUGCAGUACAAACACAGUUAUACAGGGCGAGUCAUACUUCACUCGAGGGUACGUGGAGGAAGAUAUGCAAAAAACAACGUCUACGGUAUAGACUCUCUGUGACACAAUCCCCAGAGGGUUGCUCAAUAAUGUCAACAUGUAUGUAGAAUUGAAAACAAUGGAAAACAACAAUGUUGCGACUAAAAACUGACAGCUAUCCUGCCUAAGACCUCCUCACAAGAAACUGGAAACAGAAGAAGAGUAAGACCAAGAGACAGAAUUGCAGAGCAGUUUUAAUGACAAAAAAGGUCUAUACAAAUCAUAUAUUUCCCUAGCAGGUAAUAUUUCUUAAUAAAAAGACACAGGCCAUUCAUUUUUGAUUCAUUGAAAGUUUCAGAAACCCAUACCAUUAAGACCUGACACAGUGAAAGUGUCUCAGACCCCUCACCUGUUAAUCAUUAUCUUGUAGUGACAUCUGUCUUUCUGUGAAUUACACUCAGCCACUUCCACCCUUUCCAGGGAUUAUCAGAUUUCAACAUGAUAUUUAAUUGGUAACCCAUUUUAUUUAUUAUUUGCUUUGUACACUUUUAAUAGCUUUUUUGUAUUUAAUUUUUAAUAAAGAAAAUCCUUCAGCUUUGAA